UCAUUUGGCCAAAGCAUCGUCACCAUCGUCAUCUUCAUCAUCAUCAUCAUCAUCAUCACCCUCAGUUCCAAAUCGAUUACGUUCUUAUCAUGACAGUGAGUGAGUCUGACUUCUUGGACCUUCUGGCCACGCUUUACAAAUCUUUGGAUUCUGACGGGAGCGGCUCCAUCGAUUGGAACGAGUUUGUCAGAUUUCAAGGACGCAGUCAAGAUAUCCUGGACGAAUUCUGGACCAUGGAUCUUGCAGAGUUAAGAUCCGAGUUCCAAAUGCUUGACAUCAAUCAUGAUGGCAAGAUUACGAGGCAGGAGUUCUUACAAGUUAUGAGGAAGCUCUAUCACAUCAGCACGAGCAAAGGAUUGGAAGACUUCAAGGCCAUCGUGGAAAAAAUCAAAAUCGAGAUGAGUCUGACUGAUCCCGUCUCAGAUUUGACAACAGGAUACGGUUCGGAUCCCAAGGAGAGGUUUGUCCGACAAAUGAUGGAGAGAUUCCGAGCGGCGGACGUGGAUCAGAAUGGCCAAAUCACAUUCGCAGAAUUCAUCCGCCAUGAAUGGACCAUGAAUGAGUCUCUCAAUUCCAAUUCAAAGGCCUGCAACCUAAAAAGUCUUCGACGAGAGUUCCAGCAAUUGGACUUGGACGGAAAUGGAAAGGUUUCGGAACAAGAGUUCAAGAUGAUUAUCGCUAGAGUGUACGACAACAUGGCCAAAUAAUGGUACACUGAACAAUAAACAAUAAAAGUCAACAAACAUCUUACCUUUGACG